AUCGACUCGUCCCCCGCCGCUGCCCUCCUCUAGAGGGCGACACCGUACACAAGCACGCGCCUCGCGGGCCACGCUGGCCGCGAAUGCAAACGUGAGAGAGGAGAGCGUUUCCCCACGAGGGUGAGGGGAGCCGAGAUCGUUUUUUUUUCCUCCGAGCCGGCGGGCCACAGAGCUGUGCGCGAACUUGUCGGGCCUGCAGGACGGCGUGCGCUCUUCGCAAAGGCUGAUCGUCGAGUCUAAGGCACGCCGGUCCGCGUGCUACGGCUGUGGCAACCUUCAACGGCGGCGGUAGCGUCUGCGGCGUCCUUUGGCAAUCAAGUUUCGCGCGCUCCAGCGAACUCGCGUGUUCGUGUGUGCGUGCGUCGUCUGCUGACGCCCUGUUUGCGAAGCCGUCUGCUUAUCGUGCCGUCUCCCGUUGGCUCGGAAGGCAGAAGCCGUCAUCGAUGCCUUUUGCUUCCUGGCGAUCCCGGCCACCUGCUGCGGGGGAAAAGAAAACGUCGGUGAUGUUUUCGGCUUGGAUGCUUCUCUGUGUGCAAGUGUGUGUGUGCGUGUAAGUCGUGACCCCCGCCUCUGGUGUGCUGUUAUGAACGAACCUACGCGCUGGUCCGCGUCGUCUGCUAGGAGCGGUGCGAUGGGUGAACGCGCUGUCCUCCGUUGUCAACGCUCGGCUGUGUGAGAUCGUCUGCUAAACAUCCGUGUUCGCGUGACCAGCGGUGCUUAGACACGAGCACGCGGUGUAGCUGGCUUCUACGACCAGUGUGCACCCUUUCAGUGACGUGAGAACGUCGUGACAGAAGCAGUCGCGUGUUGUGCGGGAAGUGUCGAUUGUGUGGUGAAUUAUGUAUCGUCCUCUAUAACCCGCUCCGGCGGAUUGAAAUAAUGGACAAAUCUGUUAGCUGCAGGGACUAUGCUACAACGCUGCGUUUGUUUAUUCGACCGUGUAACUCGUUUUUGAUACAAAACGAAUAAGACAAAUCUUGCUUCGGUGUGAUCGCUUUUCAGGCCCGAUUCGGUAUUGCUGCUGGCAUCUGUCUGAGUGAGGCUAUUCACGAAACACCCGUAUAACUGCCGCCCCGAGCAUUAUUCAGCUAUUGGAGACGUUAGCAACCUUACGUCUGGAUUCUUUUCCACGUCCUGAAAAGCUGUCCUGGGGCCUUUUCUGGCGACUGAUAUAACGACUGAGACACCCAGUCGGUGGUCUCUACCCUACAAGCAAAUAAGACACGCUAGUCACGUGAACACUUCUUGCGCGACAGGACGUCAACCAAGCGCCAGCCCAUCGCCUGGGACAGGACAGCGACUCGCUUGCUGUCUUUGCGACAAGGCAAGGACAAGGAAAAAAGGAAAGCUUGCGAGGCAUCGCGGUCGCAUCUGAAGCCUCUCGGUGAUUGAUGACGGUUGUCCCUCGUAGCCGCCGUGGAAGCCCUUGGACGACUUCCGUCGCGUGGCAUCUCAAGUGACAGGAACCCCGCUCUCCGGCCAGUAAGCGUGACGUUGGCAAACGAGCCGGCCCUGCAUGAACCCAAAUUGCCUGUCCCAUGAGCCGGCUCUUUUUUACCGCGUAGCACGUCCGACAACACACCGGAAAUGCGGCCUGCUUCGGCCGCGAUCGUCUGCUGCUCCAAGCAACGUUGCGUCGACUGCUCGCGAAGCGCUCACCAAUACAAGCCUGAGUGAGAUAAGCGUCGUUGCUGUGUGUCGUCUGGAACCUCGUUCGAACUGUUGCUCGGAUCUGUUGUGCUGCCGUUCAGAUUCGGCGUUGCGAAGCGCUUGUCGACGACAAAACGGCGAGCGGUAACAGAAACUUACCGUGAACCCUCCGAAGCGUUCCAUCCGCGCAACCGGGAAUCAUUUUGGAUACGGAGCUUCGAAGUAACGCGCUUAGCGAUGUGCGUUCACAACCAACGUUCGUUUCCAAAUUCUUCUCGUUACUAGUCCCAAAACUUUACUGUGCUGCCAAAUUUGCAAACAGGAGCGACAAAAUCGACAGCACCACGUGCUGAAGCCGUCUGUCAGCCCAGAAUCCAGAACGUCUGCUACGUACACGACAGACAGAUGGACAACGUCUUUCGUCAGCGCAGGCGAAACUGACUGCUUCGAGAGAGCGCUUCACGUGUUGGAUUGUGUGCGGUGUCGCGGCGACAAAAUUGUGUCACACGAUGAGGAGCCGCUGCGGCGACUGCUACGGGCAUCCGACCAUGUGUGGGAGGCAGCGGAGUUCCGCGCGCUACGUUUGGAUACUGCUACUUCUGCUCACACUUCUGGCGCGUGGCGCAGAAUCGGGCCGUCUGCACCGGUUACGUCGAGGCCAGCAGACGACGACGGCCGAGCAAAAAGUGCUGGACCUGGCUCGCCACUGGAGGCGUUCGGUGCAGCAGCCCCAGUCUCCGGCUUCAGCGCAGGCUGUGCUCAUCAAGCCCUCGCCCUUCGACAUUUCUUCCGAGGCGGCGGACGUCAACGAGGUGGAGACGACCUCUGUGCCAUCGCUGCCGCCGAGUCGUCCAGACACAUCUACUGCCAGCGAGGCCACCAAGCCCACAAAGAAAGCGAAUCACGGUGGCGCCGCGACGCGGCUGCACGUGCGACGCCCGCUGGUGAACAUGACCAAGGACUCCGGCGACAGCGUGCGCCUCAAGUGCGAGGUGGCCGGCGGCCGCCCCGGAGCCCGGGUCGUGUUCCACUGGUACAAGAACGACGCGCCCGUCGAGGAGGAGCGGAACCGGCUCGAGAUACGACAGUACCCCGUGGCGCCGUCGUCGUCUGCCGCGGGCCAGGCCGCUUCCUCCUCCAGCGACGUCACUUCCGGCGGAAGCGGCGGCGGUUCCGGCACGAGCGCCGCCGGAUCAGGUCAGCAGGCCUACGGCUCGAGGCUGCGGAUCAUGAGCGCCGACGUGCACGACACCGGCUACUACCGGUGCGAGGCCAGGAGCGGCGCGGAGGUCGUGGAGACCACGGGCAUCCUCCGGGUGUCGGCGGGUCCCAUCCACCAUGCGCCGGCGCAGAUACCGCAGUUUCCACCAGUGUUUCCCCAUUUCCCGGGAUUGGGAGGAAGUCCAGUGGCGAGUCCUGGCAAUGAGCUGCCCAUCGUAGGACCGCCUCUGGUCACGUCUUCCAGUUCAGGCAGCUGCCAGAUCUACCAAGGGGUGACGUGCGGCCAGUACCUGGGCAACCGCAGCGUCUUCGUCCGACCGCCACCGGCCACGCUAGCCGCCAUGGAAGAGAAGCUGGCCGCCGCAUUCACCGUCAUCGCCACCUCGCAGGACGUAUCGGCCACGUGCCACAAGUACGCCAUCCCGUCUCUGUGCUUCUUCGUGUUCCCGCCGUGUGAACCGGCGCCGGGCGGGCUGCCCGACCGUCCGCCCGAGCCCCGAUCGGUGUGCCGCGACGAGUGCGAGCUCCUCGAGCAGAGCCUGUGCCGCAUGGAGUACUCGAUCGCCAAGCGGCACCCGCUCAUUGGCCAGCAGAACAUCCUGCCCGUGUGCGAGGACCUGCCGCCCAUCGGGUCACCCGAGGCCCAGUCCUGCCUGCGCCUGGGAGUGCCCCAUCGCGAGACCGACGACGUUAACAAAGAGGAAGGCUGCUACGUGCACGGCGGCGAAGACUACCGCGGCGUGGUGGCCGAGACGGUCUCGGGGCUGCCAUGCCAGCCAUGGACGCACCAGAUCCUGUUCUCGCGCAUCGCUGAGUACCCGGAGAUUGUCGGCGGCCACAACUAUUGCCGUAACCCGGGUGGCAUGGAGAGCCAGCCCUGGUGCUUCACCUCGGGCGCCGUCGUCAAAAAGGAGAUCUGCAACAUCCCCAAGUGCGUGGACUACCUGUGGCUGUACAUCCUGCUGCCCAGCAUCGCCACUCUGGCCCUGAUUGGCCUCCUGCUGGGCAUAGCAUGCUUCCGGCGCCGUGCAAAACCGUCACCGCCACCUUCAGCUAAGAGCUUUGCAGGAAAAGCUGCCCUUCGAGGGCCUGCCCAACAAAACCUCGAGCUGGGGCGACUAUUGCCUCGGCCAACAAGGGCUCCUGAAGUGCCAGCUGCACGAAUCCGUUUCCACGAGGAGCUGGGUGAAGGAGCAUUUGGCAAGGUGUACAGAGGAGAGAUGCUACCCGCCAAGCGUGACUGCAGUGCUCCCGUGCCUGUGGCCAUAAAGACAUUGAAGGAAAAUGCGGCCAUGAAGACGCAGCAGGACUUCCAGCGGGAAGCCGAGCUGAUGAGCGACCUGCAGCACCGCAACAUUGUCUGCCUGCUGGGUGUGUGCACCAAGGAGGAGCCCCUGUGCAUGCUCUUUGAGUACAUGCCUCACGGAGACCUGCACGAGUUCCUGGUGGCGCACUCGCCGCGCUGCGAGGGCGCCGCUCAGGUGCUCGACCUGGCCGACUUCCUCCACAUCUCUAGACAGGUUGCCGCCGGCAUGGAGUACCUGUCGGCACACCACUACGUGCAUCGCGACUUGGCAGCACGCAACUGCCUCGUCGGCGAGGCGCUCACAGUCAAGAUCUCAGACUUCGGCCUGUCCCGCGACGUCUACUCGUCCGACUAUUACCGCGUCCAGUCCAAGUCCCUGCUGCCGGUGCGCUGGAUGCCACCAGAGUCGAUUCUGUACGGCCGCUUCACUACCGAGAGCGAUGUGUGGUCCUUCGGCGUCGUGCUCUGGGAGGUGUUCAGCUACGGCCUCCAGCCAUACUACGGCUAUGCCAACCAGGAAGUCAUCGACCUGGUGCGUGCGCGCCAGCUGCUGCCCUGCCCCGAGGACUGCCCGCCGCACCUGUACGCGCUUAUGGUCGAGUGCUGGCACGAGGUGCCCAGCCGGCGGCCGCAGUUCCGCGAGCUGCACGCACGCCUCUGCUCGUGGCAGGCGCUGCACGCUCGCAGCGCCAGCCUCAGCACCCAUGGCAGCAACCACACGGGCUCCACGUCGGUCAGCCACAAGGGCGGCGGCAGCCCGCUCCUGGGCGGACCACCCGGAGGCCCCAUCAUGGUGGACAGGCCCGUGACCCCGCUCGGAGGAGGAGGGAUGAACCGGGGCCCACCCUGCCCGCUCCAGAACCCACCACCCCCGCCGCCGCUGUCGCACUUCGGGCCGCCAUACAAUGCGCUCGACACGAGGGUCUCCAAGGUCUGACAGAUCCCCCGCAGCUGCUACUUUGUGUGAGCUGCGUAGAUCUGUCUCUCGCUCCCAGAGGGCAUUGCUGAUGAUGUCUUGCCUCAGGGAUGUUGCAGUGAAUUUUCAACGCUGCGUUACCCACCAACGGGCUCGCUACGUCGAAAUGGACUUGAGGAAUCCACCGCGGCCAAAGCUGCGAGAGUUGGUGCUCAUGCGUGGCUGCUACUUCUUGUGAGCUUAACGAACCCUUUCCCAGUUGGGUGCCUGCUGUGUGCACCCGCCACAGAGACCUCGUAGCACCCUCACGACGGCAGAGUGCCGAGUAAAACUUUGGCACUCGAAACCUUGACAACUUGAGAAAUCAGCAACGGUAGUCGUGAGAACUGCUCGUGCCCGGCAGCCAAGUCAAGUGCCGGUCUCUUGAACAAACGGCUGCAGAAGGUUUCCUUGGGACGUUGCCGACAACAGAGCGAAUCGCGACUGUCUCGGCGGCGGCAGUGUGGCGCGGCCUUGUGCCUUGUGUGCCGCAGUGAGUGCUUUGACAACUGGUGAACCACCGAUGAACUAACCUUAGCAAUGGAUGCAGCAUCCCGAGCUUCAGCAACGACGCCUCGGAGAGCACAUGAACAUGGCCAAAGUCAGCUGACACUGCCACAGCAAAGGACGAUUUGCGCGGAGCGUGCAUAUGCUCUUAAACAGCGAAAAAGCACGCCACACGAGAUAGAACAAAGAAUCACAGAUAUGCUUCUCUACCAUUUAUAAAUUGCACACAGUACCGUGGAUACCAUGAAACGUGUCAGAAGAAUACUCAUCUAAAUGAAACACUUUUGUGUUCAUUUGUCUUAGCAUGGGUAACAUAUUUUCCUUCAAACGAAUCCUUCAAGUUUUCUUUUUACUGCCGCAGAUCAAUGAUGACGCACGUAUGUAUAUCUGCAAUAAGAGACGUGUUCCUAAGCUUGUUUUGAUAAGGCAGCAAAUAUUUUGCAUCACUGUCACAGUUAUUUCCUUUCUGGCAUUGAACACAUCCACUUCAGUUUGCCUUGAAUGUGUUGCCGGUGUUCUUGGAGCAAUCAGUGUGCCAGUAUUAAUAGAAACAGCUGGGUGCUAUUUACAGUCAGUACUAAUGCCACAUUUCCAAGCAUUAAUAGAUGUUCAAAAGAUGCCGCCUCACGGUGUCUUGUUUACCAGCUUCUGCAGUGCUAACAUUGUCCAACAUACAGCACAACACAGUAAGAGUCAAAGGUAAACUGCAACAAAAUUUAACUCUGGCUGAACUGGCAAAAAAUGUGCGUAUAUAUAUAUUACUUAAGCAAUCUCAGCAAUGUUGCAGGGCUGGUACAAUUCUGUCUAAUUUUCUCAUAAGCAGCCCUUAAAUAGCAGCCAAGCAGAUGAUGCUUUCACCCGGUGGUUAGCGGAUGUGGUGUAAGUCCCGGCACAUUGCCUCAGGGAUGCUUUACCGCACCAUGGGCAGCCAAAGGCAGCACCUAAUCUCAGAGGUCAUGCCAAGAAGCUGCGUGUUCCGAGUCGUGCAUAACUUUCAGCAAGCAGUAAUGGUGUAGCUUUUUUUCUGUUUCAGUAUCAAAAACGUCAACUAUAGUGAGCCUUUCAAAAAGCAUCAACUCGUAUUUCAAACGUAACAUCUUGCAUGGAAGCUGCUCUGUAUCGACAUACUCAUUUGAAGCUAGGCUUUUUUACGCAGCCCGCAAUUGGUUACAGUUGACCUCUUAAAGGGAGCCAUCUCGUCUAAGACAUUAGGUGUACUGUUUCCACGAGGAUAUUCACUUACAUCAUGGCAUGUGAUGGCUUUCACAGUUUUUCUUAUUUGGCAAAGCUUAAAAAGAAACCUCUGUUAACCUAAGCCUACAUGCAAAUUGAAAUGAUCACACUUUUUACUCUUUGGGAACUCAGCUCCCAAGAAACUUUCAGUUGUGCCCAUGGUAAAUGCAUCUACUAAAUUUUGCAGGUGCUAAAGGUGCUGUGCGAUAUGUCACUACAAUGUUGACCAUAUUUAUGAAAAUCCAUUUCAUUCUUUGUUCUUGUAUUUAAAAGUAGCGUGAAAAAACAAAUUGGAAGAAAGGAACUAAAUACCACUCACUUGGCCUGAUUUAUAUUCAGUGGCAUGAGCUAAAUGGGAAGAAUAUGUGAACACUACAUGCACAAAUUAAUUGGCUAUCAUAUCAGCAGCUGUCGAAAGUUAAUGUCAAGGAAAACAAUCUUUACAAGUUCAUAGACAGAUUGUCAAUACGAGCGCUCCGGCUUUUUUAUGUAUGUAUGGAUCCUACCUUCACCAAAAAUUUUAAUCUAGCAAAGUGGGUGCUUACAGCUGCUAUGUUCUUAUUUCAUUAUUUUUUCUUACUGCCUUCAAUCAUUGGACUUAAAGGCCACUUGGUACGAGAGAGAAGUAUUGGACAAUAAAAAAUGAAAUGGAUUGAUGCCACCAACUUCUGGCUAUGUGUAUUUUAACAGAAGCCAGUUACGAUAGAGAGAGGCAUAUACAUGGGAAGGCCUGGAGAGCUAAAUUCUGCCCCGUGACAAAACUCUGCAUUGCACAGAUUCUCCACUGGAAGGCAAAAUUUAUUUACACCCUCAACCGUACUCUGCAUUGUGCUGUACUUUAAGCUCAUUGAGAAGACCUAAGGUAAAGCAGGGGCCUUACCUGUCACAUUUCGGUCACCGUCACGGCACCAGCAAAAUUUAAUUUAAUCUCACAUUUGAAUACCACCACAUUUACUGAUCCACUCAAAGGCGUACGUGUUCCUCAAUCGUGACUCAAUGUUUGUGAGCAGGGCCACUCGCACACUCACAUUUCAGUGCGAGCCUGAAUGCACCUCAAGAACGCCAGUCAUCGCUGCAAGAACCGUGACAUGCCAUUUACAUAACUUUACACAAAUUGAUUUUACAGUGACUUUUUACUGCCUUUUCUUUACACACAGUUUACAAAAGCGUGUUUACAGCCCAUUUGUAGACAAAUAUAUUAUUGCCAGACUCUCUUUUGUUACGUGAGAACCACCAUGUUUGUGUUUUUACCCAUUUGAUGUUGUGCUGUCACUUUGUAUUGCCAGAACUUGCGUGACGUGGUUCAAGGAGCAAUAAGAACACUCAGAUCAUACCAAGGGCACGCCACGAAGCUGUUCCGUCAUUCAUAGCAGCCUUAAUAGAAAAAAAAAGAUGCGGUGCUCCUUCUGACACACUCUUCUGUCACAUUAUUAUAUUCUUUUUAUUGUGCCAUGUGUUAUUCUACAGAAAAACAUGUUUUGUGCAACUAGUCCCUUAGUAGGAAACACUAUGUGUAAAAAAAAAAAAGUUUAGGUGCUUAUCUUAGGAGAAGCCGUGAAAUGACUUCAGACAUUGUUACGAAACUAUGUGAGUAGUAUCCCAUGUUUUUACAUUCAUAAGCCUGCACCAGCAGUUACGCAAACCUUGGAAAAGAAAAGUGAAGAAGUAUAAUGUACCCACAUCCAGAUAUAUAUGAUGCUCAAAUUUAUAAACUCAAGGCGGCACAAAGUGAAGACCCAGAAGCAAGGUUUUGAUUUGAAUGUUCUGUCGCAGCAGGGGCUUUUGCUUGUGGCUUCACAGCAGUGCAAACAGCAACGCCACGAACAAAACGAAAGGAUUCAAAUUCUUUUACAAGUAGCACUGUACUUUGCGCUUAUGCAGUUUGAUUUCUUAGAGUGGGCUUUAAGAGAAAACAAUUGAAGACAGGAACAGGCCCGCUGAUUAACCUUUUAUAAGUGUUACACCCAUAAAUAAUUUGCAGACGCUAAAGGGCAAGGAAUGCUUAGCUCCUUGCCAACUUCUUCAUGUUGCUGGUCUUUGUCAGGAUCACUCGAGCGUGAUCCGAUAAAUUGCCGUGAAAAACUGCACCGCCCCCAGCCCCUCAGAGUGCAGAUAGCGUUAAAUAGCAUGUUGACUAUUAUUUUUGUGGAACAUGCAUGCACUUUAACCUAGUAUACAACACAGUGUUCGAACUUCAAUGACUGUUUCGUUACAAUGUUCUGAAGUCUCUUCAAGGCCACAUUAUCUCUGCUUUUGAUAAAAACUUUUAUGAGUUGACAAUAUUAUAUACUUAAGUCUGCACAGUAUACAGGAUGUGUCUUGUCAGGACACAGCAAGGACAUUAGAUGCGACAACCUCUUGCAUAGCGGCACUGUCCGGCCAACAUUAAGGCCAGGCCUGUGAUGUCUCCUUGCACACGCUCUUGAUGUGAGAACAAAAGAGAUACGAACAACGAAGCAAGUCUCUGAAUACCAGUACUAGUAUAAGCAAUUUUGCAAAAGGAGUGCUAUCUCCACUGGUGGUUAUAGAAUAGAUUUUUCAAACAAUCUGUGAAUACUUCACCAUGUAACUUGACUUUUACUUAAUGUGUGAAAAGCCUUGAUUUCAAGAACAGAACUCCCAUAAAAAAAAAAAGACGGAGAAGGCUUGCACACUGCAAUAUGUUUUAACUUUCUGUGGGCACACAAAUAUUUCAAAUUUUCAAAAACAACACAGGAGUUCAUUGGAGCGUGUAUGUGCGCAAUGGUAUCAGCGAUGCUUUCGAUGUUGUUUGCUGGAAAUGUUAAGCCCCAUUUGUUGCUACCCGUCUUUGCACAGCCAAAAUACAUGGACACGUGUGGAGCGUCCAGGUAUAUUAUGUAUGAGCACAAGGAAAACAUAUCACAGUGCUACUAGCAACACAUUAUGCAUCAAGAAGUACUUGUGGAAUGCAGCUACUAUGGCUGGGAGGUUUGCUUGACGGUACAGUCGAACGCUGUUAUAACCAAGACGCACCCACUCUGAAAGUAUCUUUGCCACAUCUGAUAUUUAUUUUAAGCAUUUAUACCUGUCAAACUCUAGUGUUGGUCAGACACAAUUUAGAUUUACUUCGCUCUAUUGGAUGAUUAUCGUUCGACUCUGUCAGGGCAAGCGUGCUUGUGAGUAUCUUUGAAGAGCGACAUAGUUUCGUAGACUUCACCAGUCCAAACUUGAACAGAAAAUUAAAAAUUUCCUUACUCAGACGUGUAGUCAACAGACUACAUUACAAAUUAAUGCUUCUUGCAGGACUUCACAGUGAACAUUACUUUCAUGAAUUGCUGCACAAAAAACUCAAAUUAUUGGAAUUUUGUACAAAGCUUAAGCAAUAAAAUGCGCAACAGUGGUAUUGGAAAGACUCAACUCGUCCGCAAAAGUUAACACACAGCGGGAUCCAUGAAAGGGCCGGUUAUCUCUACAGCCUCGGAAUGCAGCCUUGUAUCUGGAGUUCCUGCCUUCACUACUGCAUACAAACAACAUACUCCUGGACAGUUUUACUGGCUGUGGUCAUAAACUGCUCAGAAAUUCAUUAGCAUUUCUCCAGAUGCUAUGGUCCAUAAACUUAUGCACUUGACAGUACCAUUGGUACAAAUAUAAGCCUAAGCAAGUCGGUAACAACUUAAAGAUUACAGUAAAGAUUACGGUUGCAUAAGCUGCAGUUACCGGGAAGCAUGAGAAGCAGUCGGGGACCCUUUAGUGCUAUCCCGCUCUACUCUUAAAGGCAAAGCUUAAGCGUAGGCCAAAUUUUCAAGUAGCAAUGUGCGUGGGUUCACAAAGAACAGACCGCACUACUUAUAAUAUAAAUAUCGAUGUCACCUAUGUGUGUAUAUAUCUAAGGAAGGGAAGGGAGCACCCCAUUCAAUUUAGCAUAUGUGCAGCAGAUUGUGUACGCAAUGAUUCAAAUAGCAGGCUAGCUGUUAAAUGAAAUUGCAGAAUUUAUAGUCCUAGAAUGAUUUCAACCAGCUGGGGUUCUUUAACCCCUUCCGUGCCACAUUGUUAUCCCAAAUUCCGACCAAAAAUGUCCAAAUUAUUCUGCAAGACCCCGGGCACCAACAAGUUAUGCCUCCCCGGAAAGAAUAAUCUCACUUCUGCUUCCGCUAUCAAAUUGACUGCGUGCUGCCACCUACCAAGAGUACGAGUAAGCGCUCGGAUAAAACUAAACUCGUAAAUGGCAUUGCUAGAAAAUGCAAGAUGUACAGCUGAUGAGCUGAGCUUGCCUUUGGCCGUUUUUACCAGAAACGCAUGGACGAAAGCAGCUCAUCCAAGCCAGAGAAGGAGUUAACGUGUCCAUAAAUAUAAGUACAUAUGUAUUUUUGCAUUUCAUGUCUACUGGAACGCAACUGCAGCCGGGAAUCAAACCUAUGACUUUGUGCUCCGUGUAAGAACACCAUGGUCACUGCCAGGUUAGACAGAGUUUAACCCCUUAAGUGUUUUAAUACUUUGACUGAAAGUGACCUUACUUUUCUUUUUUCUUUUUAAUCACUUAUUUUCAAGCUUCCGUCAAUCGAAAACCCUUCUAAAGCUAUAUAGACCAAUUUGCUCAAUGUUUUAAAUGUGAAAAUGCUGCACCACUGCCGGGCUAAGUAAAUGUCUUUGCUUUCCACAUUAUCGCUUUAGGUAGAAGCGAUGAGAAGACUAUUAUCAUCCUUUUAGCUCGAAGAAGAAGACUUUCGUGCAUUGCUUUCGCUUAUGCUUUCAAUGAUGCUUUCAAUGUCAGAAUCGAGCGGCGGCUAUCACUUGCACGCCCGACUCAAUUGCAAGCUGUCAGUGGCAGACGCCAUCAUUCCAACUCGACCAAAUGGUGCAAGAAAACAAACAACGUGCUGCCAUCUAGGUAGUAGAAAACAAAACACUGCAAUAAAUUUGCCCCUCAAGCACUUAGGAAGUGGCUGCCAUCUAGGUUGCAGAACAAUAAGGCGAAAUCAACGCAGUUUAUGUACUAUAAGAAAAGCGAUAUGGAGGUACAAAGUUUAUCUAAGUUACUUUGAAACUAGGAUUAUUGCUGGUGACAAGCUGAGCUCAUCAAAAACAAUUAAGGGGGUUAAAUUAUUCUCUUUAGCAAUGACAAGUUCUGAAGCCUAUUCAAAGAUGUGACCUGCCUUUUUUGAUUUUGCCAGCAUGUUCUGCUGGGAAACGUGGCAAUUUCCCACAUCAUCUUGUCCUUGUCAGUCUGCUGUUGUCAUUGCAUGUAUUGGCUUCUGUUAUUGCAGAAUGUAACGAUAACAGUACCCCCAGGCCUAGAAACCCGUGCCAUAGAGAGUAAGACAAUAUCUGAAAGGCAAUGAUUGCGGCAAUGGCAGCUGCAUUCCACAAGGACUUGCUGCAGUAGUUAGGUGACAGACAUCACUACACUCACUCACACACCACAGCAGAGGCUAAUGUAAUAAUGUGUGCAAAAACAAAUGUGUGCAUUUGUGUGUGCGUGUAUGCGUGCGUAAGUGCAUUUGCUACUUUCAGGGUGACGUCGACAGCCGCUGGCUCACGUCCCCUUCACCUCAACCCCCCAACCUGCCUUUUGGCCCCCGACCCCAUGACCCUUUUGCACUUCCAGAAAGGUGCUCUCCUGCGAUGCUCUUGCAGCGCGUGUGUCGAACUGUUUGUUCACAUUUGUACAAAAGAAACAAAGAAAAAAAAAGAAUUUGCCCGUCAGUGUCUGUGACUGGAUGUGUUACUCUUUUUAUACGUAAAGAUUAAUAAAGUUAAGUUAUGGUGA